AUGCUUGUAGUGGAAUUGAAGGAAACCAUUAUGACUUGCUUUGGCGAGGCUCUAGUACGCUUGUUGGAGUCUUCAUGGGGUCAGAGGUUAUUCCCAGGAGUCGAUAUUGAGAAGAUUAAACGAAGGAAAGCGGACGGAGCGAAGCGAAGCGGAGGAGUGUAUUUUAUGAAGAAUGGCAAAUUGUGUACAGCUGUAGCAGCAACGAUAGAGUCAUUAAAACUACCGAGUGCCGAUGAUGAGAUGGAGCCUCCUCCACCUCCUUCGGUUGAUGAUCAAGUCGACUGUGAGAGGAUGAUAUUUGGGUACCGUUCAUUGCAGGGUACUGAUUAUGAGAUAUCCUGUCCAUUGUCUAUGCGGCCCCCCAACCCUACCACUGCCCUAUGGGGUUACCUCCCUGCACCAUAUGUGGCAGUAAGUGUAUCUACCACUAAGGCUGGGGAUGGAAGUAUGUUGGAAUUGUCGGUCAAUCUUGAGGGUACACACCAGCCGUAUAUGUACGCAGCUGAGGGCUUGGCUCAGCUGGAGAAGGUUAUGGGGGUAGAUGGUGGCGGCGAUAGGGAGGAGUCGGCUGCCUCACAGGGAGAGGCCGAAGGAUACGCUCAGUCGCGCACUGCGAAGAAUCUGCGCAUGCGUGCUACCGAAGACGUGAUUUCGGCUAGCAUCGUUGAGGGUACUGAAGAAGCGACGAAUGAUCAGGGAUUGGCCAUCCCCGGCAGUUUGGAGAAUCUACCGGGUGUGCUGGAGGAUAUACCCAAGGUUGAAACUAGUCCAGAUGAGAAUCUUUGGUUCAUGGCCCUAGAUAUGAAUGAUAGGUGUCGCUUCCAACAACCUGAUGACGGCUACGAUCCUUGCUUUGGCAUCGUCCUGGACCGGGGGAAGGACGAUCUCAUAUAA